AUGGCCAAAGUAUCGCAACCAGAACUCAAGCGCUUUCUUGAUAAGCGCAUCGCCGUCAACAUCCAAGGCGGGCGCAAGAUUCAAGGCACCCUUCGCGGCUUCGACAUGUUUCUCAAUUUGGUCGUCGACGACGCCAUCGAACAGGUGCGCCCUGAAGCAGGAAACACAAAUGCUUGGCAUGACGGAGAUCGCUGCGGAACCGUUGUCGUGCGCGGAAACAGCGUGACGUCGCUGGAGGCACUGGAAAACGUCAAAACACGAUGA